AUGUCGAUGUCACGAUACCGCACCAUCAAGCUGCUGGGCGACGGAUCCUUUGGAUCGGUCCUGAUGGCCGAAAACAAGGAAACGGGCGAGGUGGACCACACGGUCAACCUCGAUAUGUUGGGCUGGGGGCAUUCCCACACGCAGGUCGCCAUCAAGAAGAUGAAGAAGAAAUACUACUCCUGGGACGAGUGCCUGAGUCUUCGCGAGAUUAAGGCAAGCAGUAGCGAUGCCGCCAACGCAGCUUGCUGUGCGUGGCUCGAGCGUGCGAAAGGCAGCGCAAACGAUCUUGGGCUGACGGUAUAUCACGUUUAUGCACGACUCCAGUCCCUCAAGAAGAUCAACAACCAUGUGAACAUCAUCAAGCUGCGGGAAGUUGUCCGAGAAAGCGAUGAGCUGUUCUUUGUGUUUGAGUAUAUGGAGGGCAAUCUAUAUCAGAAAAUGAAGGCUCGCGAAGGCAGGCCGUACAGUGAAGCUGAGGUCAAGCGAUUCAUAUUUCAGGUUCUGCUUGGAUUGGCGCAUAUGCAUAAGCACGGGUUCUUCCACAGAGACAUGAAGCCUGAAAACCUGCUUCUUUCGGGGGAUGUCAUCAAAAUUGCCGACUUUGGUCUGGCUCGCGAGAUCCGAAGUCGACCACCGUACACGGAAUACGUCAGCACUCGAUGGUAUCGGGCGCCAGAGGUUCUUCUAAGAUCGACCGUGUAUUCUUCGCCGAUCGAUGUUUGGGCCAUUGGCACCAUCUUGGCAGAAAUGUUUACACUCCGACCCCUGUUUCCCGGAAGCUCUGAGGUGGACGAGAUCUACAAGAUAGUGUCGAUCCUUGGCUCCCCAACGAAUGAACCCGAUCGUGUGCAGACGCCACGCCGGAAGCCCGGAAGCUACUAUUCGCCCGACACACCUUUCUCGGAUCGACAUGGGAUCAGGGCCGGUGGUGUCUGGCCAGAAGGCAUUCGGUUGGCUGCAGCCAUGGGGUUCAAGUUCCCACACAUGGCCUCAGUGCCCCUCAGCCAGAUCAUUCAAAAUGCCCCGACAGAGGCCCUCCAGCUGAUUGCGGACACACUUCGAUUCGAUCCCAACGAGCGUCCCACGGCGUCCGAGUGUCUGCAAAACCCUUGGUUCAGCGAUCUGUGGACGACUGACCUGGCCCGGAAUGCCAUGUCGGCUCCGCCGCCUUCUGUCAAGUCGUCUGUGGUGGCAGCAAGCCGUGCCGAUGCAUCGCUGGCUGACCCAGAGUCUUACAGCUCCAUUGAUGAAGUAGCACACUUGACUCCUCCUUUGCAGCCGUUUGGCUCGAGUCGAUCGCCUAUCAAGGGCAUUGGAGGCCCUGGACACACUGGCAGCAAGCCAGUGCAAGCAGUCCUCACUCCGACAUUCGAAGAAGUACCGGAGACUGCGCUGAAGGGCAGCAAUCACGAUCUCGUUGACCCACUUCUGGAACAAGAGAGCAGUGAUCUGGUGAUGCCGCUGGGGUUUGAAAAACCCCGGGAGGGUCGAUCGCCGUAUGAGGAGAUCGUAUCAAAAGGAUACUAUCCGAUCUCAAGCGUAGGACCAAAGAUGCCGCUUCGGGAUGUGCCCAAGAUCCCUGGUAUCGGCAGCAAUCCCUUGCAGCUCGCCAGCUACACUUCUGCUCAGAACGGCCUCGACAGCUCCGCCAUGUACCCGCGGCAUCCAAAUGCAUCGCAAUCGCAGCUCCAAAGGCCGCCAUCACUCUCUCCUUACCAAGAAGCUAUCCGAAAUUCCACAAAACUACCAGAAUUUAUUUCAGAUAAGGUUCCUUUGAAGCCAAUAUCGAUAUCAUCUUCGAUCCAGCUCCAGCAGAGAACCACACAAUACGCAUCGCCGUCCACCAACCUGGCCCCGAUCGCAGGUCGGAUGCGCGAGCAGUCGCCGACCCAGCAGAGCAAGGGCCACACAGACCCUGCAUUAGCGGCGGCUGGUGCCAAGUCCUCCAAGGUGACCUCGUUUUUCUCGAAUGCUGCAUCUCUUCUGCAGAAACGGCCGACUGGACAGCAAGCUUUGCCGCCCGCCGCUGCCUCUCCAGCUGUGGCGACGACCUCGGACCGGCCGCCACGGUUAGACAACCUUCGGGUGAAAGGACUGUCCAUGUCGAGGACCAUGCUCGCCCAGCAGCCAACUCAUCCAGCCCACGCUAACCCAAAUCGUCGAAGCUCCAUCAACCCCUCAAGCAACAUAGUUGGCUCUGUUGGCGCCAGCCAAGCUGCGGGCGGAUUUGGUGGAAUCACGAGUCCAUAUCAAAGCACCUCGAACCUCAACAGCAUCCUGGGCUCGUCCUCGAACCUGCGGCCGUCCAACAUAGCUGUGCCCGGAGGACGCCUGCGCUCUCACAGCACUCAACAUGACCCGCUGUAUGCCGGGACCAGGAACGCCGCUGUUUCAUCUCCGUCAGGGCAUGGCCAUGGCCGCGGAGCUCAUGAAGGCGGCAGGGCAUCACGGCGCCAGUCUAUCACCUACAACCCUAACGUGCACGGCUCCAAAUCCAGUCUUGCCUUCCCCACAAUUCCAGAGUCAAGGCGCUUCGGCAAAGACGAGUGGUCAAUGGCUGGUGAGCAGGGAGGCCUUGCGGGCUGGAACGCCUCUGACAGCAAGAGCAUCAUAGGGCAAAGCGCCACUAGCGGCAUCAAUCUACCUGCUCUCUCGAAUCCCACGCCGCACCACGGCAAGCGACCAAGGGCCAACAACCCGAGCCAGCCGCCUGCUCAACCUGCCCAGCAGUCGCCCGGCAUUGCACACGGACAACGCCCCCCAAACGGACGCCCAGAUGGCUCCAGCGGCGAGAAUUCCAAGUCGGACUCGCGGCGCAACAAGAUGCUCUUCGGAGGCAUAUACUAGUGCGACAGAGGACAUGUUCUGGCGGCGAUUCAUGCUGCUAGCAAUAGCGUUAUUUGUCCGCCUUCUUGAUUGUUUCGUUGCCUGGUUUUGACCCUGCCCAUUCUGCUCCUGUUCUGUUCGAGGAGUCUGCCUGACAAGUCUCGAGCAAAGGAAUACAUGUACGAUACAGCACAC